AGCCGUUUUGGCUCAAGCGGCUCAGCGCAGCCAUGGCCAGCCCCUCGGCGCGGCGGCUCUGUGCAAUGCACGGCGCGGGGAGCCACCCGUGAUGCGGCGGCGGCCUGGAAGCUCGCCUGGCGCGCUGGCCUGCCGGUGAUGUGCCAGCCAGUGUGCCAGCUGGCAGCGGGGGAGCACGGCCCGCAGCAGCAUGAAGGCCACUCGGCAGCCUUGUCGCCAGGCAAGUGCGGCAGGCGCGCUGCUGGCUGCACGCAGACAGGCCCCAAGGCCGUGGAGCAGCUGCUGGCGGCGUACCUGCCGCCGGAGUCGACCCGGCGGCGAGGCGCGGGCCGCCUCCCCCCCGGGUCGGCCGCCUGCCCCCUCGGCCGGCCGCCGCGCCCAGCGCAGCACGCCCAGCACGCCCGGCCGGCGCCCCCGCCCGGGCAGCCGGCGCAGCACGCGGAGGGCCCUGCGCUGCAGCCUCCUCCGCAGCCCCCGCGGCAGCUGCCCGGGCAGCCCCCGCAGCCGCCCCCGCCGCAGCCCGGGGCGCCCUGCGAGCGGGCCGCCGGCGGGCCGCCGCACGGCGCUGCCGGGGAGGGGCCGCGGAGGGCGCACAGCCAGCCGGCGGGCGGCGCGCCGGAGGCUGCGGCGGGCGCGUCGGAGGGCCUCGGCGCGGAGGGCCCCGUGUGCAGGGCCUCGCCCGCGCGGCCCCGGUCGGCGACGCCCCCCCGGGCGCGCUCGGCGAGGGCACGCCCGUGCUCCGCCACGGGGGGCUGUGGCGUGCCCACGUCCGUCAGGAGGGAGGAGGAGGACCUGGACCGAGAGCUGGAGGCGGUGGAGAUGGCGCUGAAGAGGAGGAACGCUUCAAGGCGCGACUUGGUGGCGGCCUUCCUUCGGAAGCAGCGCUUGGACUGCAGCCUCAAGCUGUUUGUGUUCGACGGGCCAGACGAACAUAUUCGACAGGCGCUGCUGCGCGAAGGCUCGGGCUGGAUGGAGAACAAGUUGCCCCGCUCUGCGGCGUGGAAUUUGAAGUGGUCCGUGACAGACUGCGAGAGCGACUACCGCGACCUUCAAGACGGGGACCUCUUCAACCAUUUCCAGAACAAUCGGGUGCUGACGACCAAGAUUGGACUGCACCACAGCCUGCGCCAGCUGGCCGUCGAGGAGCGUGUGGAAAUCGACGCGUUCUUCCCGCGCUGCUACGACCUGAGCAACGCGGCGGACAGGGACGACUUCCUGAUGGACUUCCGCCGCUGCGCCGCGGUCAACCUCCUGCGCCAGCACCGCCGCCUGCUCUCCGAGCACGGCGGUGCCGCGGAGAGCGGCGCUGGCGGCGAGCGGGCGGCGGAGGCGUCGAAGUCCGGAGGCUACCGGUGCAACGUCACCAUUUUGGGGGCAGCCCUGGUGGUCUUGCUGGAGAUGCUGCAGGAGUUGUGCGGCUCGCUGUCGGACGAUGAGAGCAUGCCCGAAGGCGGCAGGGGCCUCACUCGCAGGGAGUGGGACGCGAUGGUGUUCUACUCCGAGCUCGCAGACGCCCAGCUCCUGCGGCAGGCGGCGCUCACCUCCGAGCAGCCCCGGCUUCGCAACCGCAGGUUCACCGUGGCAGGCUUCCCCUUGAGUGCAGAGGACGUGCAGGACCAGGGCGACAGCUGUGAGGCGGGCUGCCCCCGCCGAGCUCAACGCCCCCUGCCGCUCGAGCGCUGGCCCGAAUUCUGCGGCCACGCCUGGGCGCAGGAGCCCCCUGCUCAGCUGCAGAGCGCCCUGGAGACGGCCCUGGGGAGGCUCGAGCUGGCCUGGGGGCACGAAGCCUGCGCGCAGGGCCCUGCGAACGCCUGGAUCGUGAAGCCUGGAACCAGCUCCAAAGGUUGUGGGAUCAUGUGCAUGAAUCAGCUGCCCGAGCUGCUUCACCACUGCAAGCCCGGCGCGAAUCGCAUCGUGCAGAAGUACAUCGAGCGUCCCUUGUUGGUGUACGGGGGGCGCAAGUUCGACAUACGGCAAUGGGUGCUUGUUAGGUCCUUUCACCCCUUGGAGGCCUACAUGUUCUCCGAGUGCUAUCUGCGGCUCUGCAACGAGACCUACGACAUGAACGACCUCGCCAAUCGACAGCGCCACCUCACAAAUUGGGCCAUCAACAAGCACGGGAACCACGCCGCGGAGGGGGCCAUCGCGAGCCUGUCGGAGCUGCAGGACAUCCUUCGCACGGCCACUGGUGCCAGCGGCCACUGGAAGGAGCACUUGCAGCCGCAGCUCCAGGGCAUCGUCCUGCAGUGCCUGCACUCCGUCCGGCACUCCGUGGUGACCCGGCCCCAGAGUUUCGAGCUGUACGGCUUCGAUUUCUUGAUCGGGGAGGACCUGCGGCCCUGGCUGCUGGAGGUCAACCUGAGCCCCGCGUGCGAAGCCCGCGCCCCGUGGCUCGCGUCCAUGAUGAGUCGCAUGGCCACCCGCCUCGCGGAGCUCCUGGUGGGCGAGGGGCCCUUCGAGCCGGACGGCGUGAUGCCCGACUGGGUAUGCGUCGCGGCCGAAGGCCGCGUGCCAGACGCGCUCGCCGUGGGCCCCGCGCCCACUGCCCUGGGCACCCCGGGCGAGGGUCCAGAGCUGGACGGCCUUCGGCCCGAAGACUCGGGCCGCCGCUGCUCGGGCUCCGAGGGCGGGCCGCCCCCCGGGGACACGGCCAGCCUCUGCGUCGUGGGCCGGAGGCUGAACCUGCGUUCCGAGCGCGCCUUCGAUCGUGCCUGGAAGCGACAGGCUGCUCAGCAGCUGAUCAACCGCGUCGCGCGGGGCUUCCUGGAGCGCGUGCGUCUGCGGCGCCGCCGCGACGAGCGGCUCAUCCGCCUCGCCAGGCUCGUGCAGGGCAGGUCGCGCAGCUUCCUUGCGGUGCGGGCCCUCCAGGACCUCAGGCGUCACCUCGGCGCAGUGGGGCUGCAGCGCCGCUGGCGGGGCGCGCUCGGGCGCCGUCGUGCCUGCGAGCGGCGGCUGGAGGUUCAACGGAACCUCGCCGCCACGCGGCUACAGCGGUGUUGGCGUGGCCGCGCGGCACGACGGUGGGUCGGCGCCUGCGUUCGACUGGUCCGCUGGUGGAGGCGCAGGCACCGAGCGAGGGCGGCCUGCGCCGUCCGCGUGCAGAGCGCCGCCCGCGGGUGGCUCGCCAGGCGGCGGUACGCCCGCUACCACGAGCGCGUCUUGCAGCCGACGCUGACGUUGUCCAGGCUGGUGGCGCUGGCGCGGUGGCGGCACCAGGCGGCCCUCUGCAGCGCGGGCGAGGCGGCCGUUCUCCUCCAGCGCCGAUGGCGGGGACUGCUCGGGAGGAGAGCUGCAGCACGGCAAAGGACGAAGCGCCGCGCCAUGGCUGCCUGGCGCGCCCACGCGGCGGCGUGCGUGGCUGCGGCGCGCCGCCUUCAGCGCUCGCUGCGGUGCCGCCUGCGGCGCGCGGCUGCCGCCCGCUGGGCCAGCGCGCGCCAGGCUGCGCGCCUGCGGCUGCAGCGCGGCUGGCGGGCGCGGGCGGCCAGGCGGCUUGCGGCGGCGGUGGUGCUGCAGGCUGGGUGGCGUGCGCUCCAGGCGCGCCGGCAUGCCCAUUGCCUGCGCCGUGCCCGCGCUGCUCUGGCCCUGCAGGCCGCCGUGCGCGGCCUGUGGGCUCGGCGCGCAGCGCGCCAGAGGCUCGCGCGCCUGGUCGCGAUGCAGGCCGUUUGGCGCGGCAGGCUUGGGCGGCGCAUGGCCGUGGCGCAGCGCCGGCUCGUCGAGAACAAGCGGCGGUGGCUGGAGUCGGUGCGCGUCGCGGCCCCGCCUGCGUCCGGCGGCGGCGGCCCAGGCGCGGGGCGGCCAGCCUGCCCGCAGCUUGGCGAGGAGGGCGCGCGCGGCCCCCCGCCGGCACGCCAGCCGAGCUGGGGGAGGCGGCAGGGCAGCUCUGCGGGCCCAGCGCCGCGCGCUGGUGGCGCUUGGGAGGAGACCUCGGACGUGUACGAGAGUCCAGGCGCACGGGGCGCACAUACGCCGCGCAGUGGAGUGGGUGCAUCGGAGGACUCGCCCGCGCACCCAAUCUGCGCGAGGAGGGGCUGCACAAUGGUGCUCUCGGACUACGUGAAGGGUGGGCAGUUGCAUUACGUGUGCGACCUGUGCGGUGGCCGCUCCUGCCAGGGCCACGUGACGGGCACCACGCGGCGCUGGCGGUGCGGCCCGUGCGACUACGACGUCUGCUUCCGGUGCUGCCCGCAGGCCCCCGCCCCGGCGGCCCCGCUGCCCAGCGCCCGCGGGCGGCCACCGUCCCCGCGGGCGGCGCGGCCCGAGGCCGCCGGCGCCGCGGGCGGCCGCCCGCAGGCGGCGCCCCCGCCCUCGGGAGGCAGUGCGCUGUCCGCGGCGCGCCACCUGCGCGCCUCCAGCGCACGCCACGUUGAGCGGCCGCGUGUCCCGGCGAGCGACGCCUCGGGCGAGUCGGGCGACAGUGCCGAGCCCGCCGGGCCUGCGAGGGAUCGCGGGCGCCCCCGCAGCGCCGCCCCGAGCGCGGGCGGCGGAGGGGCGCGCGCGUACCAGCGCAGCCAGGGUGGCAGGCUCCCGGGCCCGUGGAGGUCGUCCAGCGCAGGUGUCUUGUGGGCAUAUUUUGCCCGUGAGAUCUCGCUGGGCCUUCUUGGGUUAAUUCUGGAGCACUUCGCAGCUGUCUUGGUGAGGUCUCAGGGCCGUCUGUGGAGCCCCGCGGAGGCGCAGAACCGGGCUCUCGUUUCGAUGGCCUACCCCGGCUGA